CUUGUAAUGGCGCAUUCGUACAAAUUAGGGCGGGUAGAUAGCAGACUUGGUACCAUGCGGCAAAAUUGCACGGAUGAGAUUACAAGGAUGUUGUUAAUUCAAUAGCAGUAACAGAAGGAGCAAACGCGAUAUGGCAUGGCCGACUUCCUUUGUAUACAACACGUCAUGAUCGAGCGCCUGUCUCUCGCACUUUUGAGCUUAUAAAAAUCAAUUGCAGUAAUGGCCUCUGCAGUGAAAGGAAAGAUCCUAGCAGUUAUUGGAGAUGAGGAUACGGUAGUUGGUUUCUUACUUGGUGGAGUUGGUGAACUGAAUAAAGCUCGUAAGCCGAACUACCUCAUUGUUGAUAAGGCGACCGGUCUACAGGAGAUUGAAGACGCUUUCAAGGGUUUCUGUGCUCGUGAUGAUAUUGCUAUAAUUCUUAUCAAUCAGCAUAUUGCCGAAAUGAUUCGAUAUGCGGUCGACCAGCAUACAGCUUCUAUUCCUGCAGUUUUGGAGAUUCCCAGCAAGGAAGCUCCCUAUGACCCCAGCAAGGAUAGUAUCCUCAAUCGUGCUCGAGGACUUUUCAAUCCUGAAGAUUUCCGUUAG